AUGGAUUCUCUCGAGGAACCUCCCGAUUCUCCUUCUACCGUUGGUGAACCCGAGCCUGUAUCCGUUUUCGACCAUGCUAUUUUAUGCAACACCCCGCCAUCGGAAUUGGCCAAGAAAUUUCUAGCAUCCUUAGAAUAUGUUCAUUGGAAAACACUGGCAAAGGAUGUUGUCGAAGCCGUUGAAGCCGGCCUUGUACCGCCUACUAUUUCACACAUAUUCUUUUGUGUCUGCAAAAAACGGUACGCUAUCGCUUACACACUCGAUCAACCCGGUUCCGCCACUGCUCGGCGGAUCGCUAUCACCCACUUCAAAAGAUAUUACAGAUCACGCCAUGCUACCAAAAUAUGGGGGGCGAUGGGAGGGACGGAUGAGUUUUUUGACUUGAUUAACGCCAUGUCUGUUCGCGAGGUACGCCAUUUUUGUCGCUGCCUCGGCCAAUGUACUAAGUCAAAGUCCGACUGGGGACCGCAAGCGAAAUGCAUAACCACACUAUAUCAAAAAUUAUACGAUACAUAUGGCGAGGAUGACAAGCCGAAGAUACCUGAUGCCCGACCUCUUGGUUGUUACUACAAAAAGAUGCUGCCGGGCUGUGCACCCGACGUCGUCUUUCAGGCAUUAUCGAAGCAUGGCACCAUGAAAAAGUCAAAUUGGCUGCCUAACUCCGAGCCAUACCGUCAAAAUUUCAUGGCCGUCAUCUUUCCAUCUGAAGGGCCAGGGCAGACUAUUACCCGCUACAAAUUCAUUCUUGACAGCAAUAAUACGUUUUUCUGUCUUAAUACCUUGAAACAAUUUUCUACUUCCCCCAGAUCGCUAAAAACUAACGCCGAAAACCUUGGUCGAGAUCUCAUACUUCCAUUGGCCAGGCGACUUUGUAAUCGAAAUGAAAAAGACGACCACCAAAUACAUUUCUACGAUUACGUUACUUGUUGUAUACAAAAAGAGCGCAGCAUCAUCGCGUCGUUGGGUUAUGAGAUCAUCUCUUGUGCUAUUAAGGCAUGGAAUCGUGCUCGUGCUCAGCCGGAGAUGGAAGCCAUGGAAAAACAUUUAGAGACAAUACUUGAUUUCAUGAAAAACAAAUACCAAUGGACGUUGAGCGGUAUUGCAGACGAGCUGCAGCAUAUUAAGCCGGGUCUACGCUUUUCGCUUCUACGGCUCCUGGCUCGGAGGAUUAGACCAUUCAAAGUGGAUAUCAUCUUCUCUUCUGUAAUAGAUGAUUUAAAGCUCAAAAAUCUCGGUAAUGAUUGGCCUCCAAAGAUUUUCCUCCUACUUCCCAGUGGCAUAUCUCUUUGUUUGUUCCAGAGGCUUUGGGAUGUCCAUAGAGAUGAUAUGUUCCUAGAAAGAACAGAUGAAGGCUGUACAAAACUUGGCGAUUCAGACAUAUUCUCCGCUAUCCUACAGUCGCGACAUAGAGAUAGCGACCCGAGUUUUGUUAAUUGGCUUCCCCGGGUGACCAACCUUAUAAAGGGUCGAAAGAAUAUGGCGUUAUCGGCGCUUAAUUCCGAGAAUAGGGCAAGCUUGGUACAAUACGUUGUUUUUUUGUCCAUUGCAACUAGCUCGUUGGACUUGUACGAAGAGGCAGUGGUUUGGGCGAAACAGUUCCAUGAAGAUACCUUGGUUAUGACACGAUUGCUUUCAGGCCAGAUUCUAUUCACAGAUGAAGGGUUGGAUUUACUGAGUGCAAUUCCGCGGCGUGUAGCCUACGGCACUUCAUUGGAGCUUUCGAGAGCAAAUGUCGUACGCGCGAACCAAACGAUGUUACUUUUGGUAGAAAUGGCUUUUGCCUGUCUCCAAGAGCGAUCCCAUCCCUUCUUCGGUGUAGGAGAUGUACUGUCGUUACUUCCUAAAGUCAUUCAACGCCGUGCGGAGAGGCUCGAGGAGUGGCAAAAGGUUGUGGAGGCCGAACGGUUUGCUAUCAAUGAAGGUUUCUCCAUGCCGCUCUUAAGAUCGCAACAAUUCCCUAGUCGUCCUAGGUGCCAUAUCUCUAGGUUCCUGGACAAAUUAGGGGAAUCCCGCAACACAUUUUGGCAAGAGUAUAGAGCGCAAGUUCAUCCUACUAUGGCGGCAAUAAAACCACCAUGGCCAAAAGGUCUUCCUAUUCAAGAUCUUGCACCAUGUAUACCUGCGGCCUGGAAGGAUAUGCUAUAUCUACAAUUGAGAGCCGUGGAAAUCGUUCUAUCACCCGGAGGUGUCUUGUUAUCCCACCUACCAACUGACCACGAAACAAAGCAGGCAAUAGGAUCAUUCGUUGAUGAGUUCAGAUUUGCCCUUCGUAUUUUUAUUUGCUCGGCACAAGAUGAUUCUGACCGACAAAAAAGAAUAUUUCGAGCCUGGGACCAUGCCAUCACGGAGCUUACUUGUAGCUGCAUGUCCAAGGACGAGGCAUUAUGGUAUUGGAGAUAUUUAUUCUGCUCAGUACCUGGAAUCAGGCUCCCUGAAAAGGUAGUGGAGCAGUUUGACACACCCGGCUUCAGGUUACCAGCGCAUUACGAUGAUGCUGGUCCCGUCAAGUGGAAUCCGAGCUUGAUUUUCGGACAUUCUUCAUUGGUACCAACUGUCAUCGAACAUUCAGAAAAACACUCUAAGUUUUGUCUGGACUAUAUGCUGAAGCUUGACGGCUCCGGAGCUAUUUAUACUCCUCGCUAUAUUUGUUCAGACUUUGAUCCAGGAGUUGAGGAUGCGACCAGCUUCGAAACUGGCAUCUCAAUAUGGGAUCGUAGGGAUUCUUUGACAGCCCUCCGUCCAGCGACGAGGGAAGCUUUUAUUGUCGCUAUUAUGGAGCUCCUUAAUUCAAAAUAUGGACAGGAACCAUCGUUGUUUGCGCAGCCAUUCCCAUCGGCGGACAAUGUUAGGUUCCCUGCUCUAUAUCUCGACCCCAUGUUCUUAAGCAAAUACGACAAAGUCAACCUAAACUCGGUAAUACAGGCUCUCAACGCUCUUUCACCUUCAAUACCUAUGAAACUUUUUCGAAUGCUUAUAAGAUCGAUGAUCAAACGCCUGAAGGCCGAGCGAGGGAAUAAUCAGGAAGUAAUUGAAGCUACUAUAGCAACCAUAAAGGCUCUUUACCGGUCGGAUUGUCCUUAUGAUGCCUACGAGUUUGUGAGACAGCUUAUCUUCGAAUGUCAGAUUGACAUUUCAUGGCAUAGUCACCUCAUCAAUGCCGCAUUCCUUUCUCGUCUAUCCGGGAAAGAAGUGAGAUGUUUCCUCAACGAAUUUUCUGCUGCAAUCACGAACAGAUUCAGGAGACAACAUCGUUUAAUGAUUUCGAGUGAGCGAAAAUGCAAACCAUUCGCACCACCGCUAGUUUCUACCCGAACUGUUGGGUUAGUCGCGCAACUUUUGCGCGGUGCUAGAUUUGCUGGGUGGCAACUUGCUUUUACUACACUGUUGUCCCUCUACAAGGUCGCUAUAUAUCCCAGAAUGCAAAUCGACAUCUUAAAAAGUCUUCUAAGUAUCAAAAAUAACGCCAAAAGCCAAUACCUAUAUGUCGGGGUCGUUUAUGUCAUUCGAAGUUAUGUUGUGCCUUACGUGGCAUCUGUCAAUGAAAUUAAUCCGCCACAUUUGGAAACAUGGCUGAAUGAUGAAACGGAGAAGCUCCCCUUACCAGAAGUCUAUAAUGGCAAUGGACGAAUAUUGCCGCCGUUGUUGAAGUUACUCACUCGUGAGACCCGUGUGCCUUCUAUUAGACAUGGUCUCUCGUCGGAUCAAACAGCGUGGAUGGAAGACGUCAUACUCCCGAUUGUCGAGAAAUCGACUACCAACCACAUAAUAUGGACUGGUCUAUUCUUGAAACGCAAUAGGUUUGCCCUCACCACUGACGACCUGCCGCACGUGCCUGUGAAUCCAGCAUUGCUCAUUCAUAUCUUCGAAGUUAGCCCCAAGCACUUGAGUGGCGAUGACUUUCGUAAGAUUCGAGAUCUAGCAAUGAUAAAUAUCAACCCCCCCGAAAAUAUUGCUGCAGUCAAUAAGGCUAUUAGAGAAGACCCCAAACUUCUAGAUUCCAACGCGGGGAGACAUUGGCUUUCCAUUUGGGACCUGGAGGAAGGCCCUAUGUACUUAGGAUUAAUCCAAAGUGCUAACAUACUACUCCGGUGCGCCGACGAUCAAUCGGAUAAAAUAUUGGGGUGUAUCAAAAUCGCAGAUUUACGACAUUUUCUGUUAAAUGCUGCUCGGGAGUACAUCUCCACAUCCGAUGUUUUUGGAUUCACCCAGUUUCUGAAUAAAGUACUGUCUCACAAGCGAAUUAUUGGUUUUAAGAACUAUCAAUGUUUCGUAAGAAAUUGCAUUCCAUUGCUUACGGAUAUUUACAAGUUCAUUGGCUCCUUGCGAACCCCGGAGUGGCGAAAUAACCCGAACCGUCAACCUUCGCAACUCCCAGAUGCCUUCCCUUUACUGUUGGAAAUUGCGCACGCAAAUUGCAUGUACUCGAUCCCGAACCAAUUGUCAACUGAUGACGCGCUUCGAAUCUCUCUCGAGUUCUCGCAUAUUAUUCUAGAAUUCAUGAGAGGGGACGAUCCUAACGAUAAACAUUGGCAAACCAUUAAGCAGGUUAUAUUAAGAAAAUACGACAAGAGGCAUUCCUCCUAUCUAGCUCAAGCGUUCUGUCCACCGAAGUCAGCAUAUUACCCUAAUUUCAUGGCGGUGUAUUAUGCACGCAACGAACUAGCUAUGGAAUUCCUUUCACGAGCUUCUACAUUCGAAAAUGUGAUGCUAGUACCGGGAAUACCACAAAUGCUCCAGGUUUGGAACAACGAUGGUGACGAGACGCUUCAGACGGCGGCACGGCUUAUAGCUGCUUUCGGGCAUCUGAGUAAGUAAUCGGAAAUAUUAUGUCUUUUGUGGGUGGCUGUUGGGAUCGAGGGAUCGUCGUGGCUGUUACACAGAAAACGAUAGCCCCUAUUGUGUAGGAUGGGAAUAGUCUGGUAUCUUUUUUAAGAAGCGAUGUUUCAACGUUAGAAAAAAUCGAAUAGCGAACUUACUUUAUCAAGCGUUUGCCUUUUUCGCCUGGUGGUCCUGUUCGCUGCUAUAAUAGGAGGUGGCGGUGCAUAAUGUGGCUAGUGAAACCGCCUCACAUAUGUGGCGUACCUAUUUAUAAUGUCUACGAUCGCAAUCCCCGCCUAAGUAACUUAACCUCCUAA